AUGUUGCGAGUGGGGUCUUGGUUGUACGGCAAGAAGCCCGCCAAUGCCUCGACACAAUCGCUGGACUCGCUGGCCGAGUUGAAAGACUCGGCGACUUUUAUCCUCAACGACGAUGUCGAUAGUGCCGAAGCUGGCUUGGCCAAGGGUACCUCGUCUUUCCAUAAUCUGGGGAAAGGAAUGGUGGCUUUCGUUCGAGCGACCCUGGGCUUUGAACAAGAGAUUAUGCGGCAAGCGUCCGAACGAUUGAGCGAAGCGGAAACAUCAGCAUCUAGUGAUCAACACCGCGCCCAACAUAAUUCCCAUGCCCCGAAUGCCUUCCGCUCGGAGAUCUAUGUGGCGGGUAGUGAAUAUGCUCUGUGUCAAGCGAUCGCGCAGCUGAUGGGUGCUGUCGUGGGCGUACUCAAUGAAAGUCUGACGGAAAGCAUCAAGGCCUUCUAUCGUCUGCGCAAGGCUUACAUUGCCCUGGAUGCCAUCUUGAAGAUGGAGGAGAAAUUCAUGGAGCUGAGAGAUCCCAGCCGAGUUCUCCUCCCUAGUUCGAGUGAUCUCUCCAAGGCUAGUAGAGCCAGCACAGAUGUCAAGUCGGUAGACUCACCCAGCGAGGUAUCCCACAAAGUUCCGUCUGCCACAGCUCGAUCAGUUCCCAUCGAUGAACAGGAUCUCACCCAGUCGUUAUCCGGCUUGACCGUCAGCCCAGACCCAGAGCUUGCAUCUGGUACUUCCACACCCGGUGGCUCGAACAUCAUCAACCACGACCCCGACUCGGACAUCUUCCAAAAUGAUAUUGACGUAUUCGUACACUCUGGUGCCAACUUCUGCUUUGGUAUCCUUCUCCUUCUCAUUUCCAUGGUCCCACCCGCUUUCAGCAGGUUACUAUCCAUCAUUGGAUUCCAUGGCGACAAGCAACGAGGAUUGCGAAUGCUCUGGCAAGCCAGCAAGUUCCACAACAUCAUCGGUGCCAUGGCGGCCUUGGCAUUGCUUGGAUAUUAUAACGGGUUUGUGCGUUACUGCGAUAUCAUGCCCGACCCGACCCCGGGCGAGGAUGAUGUGGAAGGCUAUCCACAAGAGAGGCUGACUGAAUUGUUGACGGAGAUGCGAUCUCGAUUCCCGAACAGUCGCCUCUGGCUCUUGGAAGAGUCGCGGAUGAAGGGUGCUAACAAGGAUUUGGAGGGCGCUUUGGAACUCCUUAGCUCAAACAGCAAGAGCCCGCUUAAGCAGGUUGCAGCUUUGUGUGUCUUCGAGAAGAGUCUGAACGCGCUGUUCUUGCACAAUUACGAGGUGUGCUCGGCAUCGUUUAUCGAGUGUGUGGACCUCAACUCCUGGUCCCGCUCCUUGUACUACUAUAUCGCAGGUUCCUGCCAAGUUGCGCUAUACCGUCAAUCUAUCGCAGACGACCCCCAAAAGGCAAAGGAGCACGCGCGCCAGGCCGCAGAAUAUAUCCGCAAAGCCCCUCCAUGGGCCGGCAAGAAACGGUUCAUGGCCCGCCAACUCCCAUUCGACGUAUUCGUUACGCGCAAGAUUGCCAAGUGGGAAGCCCGGGCCAAGGAAUGGAACGUCGAGCUGGUGGACGCCAUUGGCGUGGACCCCAUCGAGGAGAUGAUUUUCUUCUGGAACGGACAUAGCCGUAUGACGCGCAGCCAGCUCGAGGAAUCUCUAAGCCGCUUGGCCUGGUGCGAAAGCAGCGAGAACAAAACCUGGCCUCGCGAGGGACUAGAGGAGAAAGCAAUUUUGGAGCUUCUCCGGGCAGCCGUACUGCGGUCUCUGCACAAUCACGAAGAAGCGAAAGAGGUCCUCAAGACCAAGGUGUUGAUUCAUGAGAAAUCCUUGUUCAAGGGUCAUUUGAAGGAUGAUUGGGUCCUUCCCGCUGCGAACUUUGAGAUGGCCGCGAACGUCUGGAUGGAGCGACCAACUUAUCAAUCGCUGCACAAGCUCUCGUCAGAUGUCUCUGAGAAGCCGGAGCAAGAGCGGAAGUUGGUCCAUACUUGUAAAGAGCAUCUGGACCAUGCUGCGCGCUGGGAGAGUUACGAACUGGAUGCUCGUAUUGGGUUGAAGGUGACUGCGGCUCUGGAGGCCGUUCACAAGUGGGAGACCAUGCACCCCACGGCUUGA